AUGAGACUGUCGAUCCCGCUGCUCUGGACGAUGGCAGGACUUAUGUUGAUGCCUCUUCCUGGGGAAAGUACUGAGCCCAGAUGUGACUUGUAUUCCUUACCUGGAUGCCCAAGAAACUUUAAUCCAGUUUGUGGGACUGAUGGAGAAACAUACGCAAAUGAGUGUAUGCUUUGCAUGACAAACAGAGAACAUCACAAGGAUAUUCAAAUUGCCUAUAAGUCUUCAUGCUCAUGA